UGGAUGAUACAGUGGUUGCUAUUCCUUAUGGAAGCAGGCAAGUUCGCCUCGUGCUGAAAGGACCCGAUCAUUUAUAUUUGGAAACCAAGACUCUCCAAGGUGUGAAGAGUGAAAACAGCCUCAGCUCCACAGGCUCCUUCCUUGUGGACAAUUCUAGCAUCGACUUCCAGAAGUUUCCUGACAAGGAGGUAUUAAGAAUACCUGGGCCUCUCACUGCAGACUUCACUAUCAAGAUUCGCUAUGCUGGUGCUGCUGACAGUUCAGUUCAGUUUAUCUUCUAUCAGCCUAUCAUUCACCGAUGGAGGGAAACUGAUUUUUUUCCUUGUUCAGCAUCCUGUGGAGGAGGUUAUCAACUGACAUCUGCUGAAUGUUUUGAUCUGAGAAGCAACCGGGUAGUAGCAGAUCAAUACUGUCACUAUUAUCCUGAAAAUAUCAAGCCAAAGCCAAAACUUCAAGAGUGUAAUCUGGAUCCCUGUCCUGCAAGUGAUGGAUACAAGCAGAUCAUGCCCUAUGACCUCUAUCAUCCCCUUCCUCGAUGGGAAAGUACACCCUGGACUGCCUGUUCCUCAUCCUGUGGAGGGGGCAUUCAAAGCCGUAGCAUCUCAUGUGUAGAAGAAGACAUUCAGGGGCAUAUCAGCCCUGUGGAAGAAUGGAAAUGCAUGUAUACUCCAAAGAUGCCUGUUGUGCAGCCUUGCAAUAUAUUUGACUGCCCAAAGUGGCUUUUUCUGGGAAGGGCUCCGUGCACUGUGACCUGUGGACAAGGACUCAGAUACCGUGUGGUCCUUUGCAUUGAUCACAGGGGGAUGCAUACAGGAGGCUGUAGUCCUAAAACAAAGCCACACAUAAAAGAAGAAUGCAUUGUACCCACUCCUUGCUACAAACCCAAAGAGAAACUUCCCGUGGAAGCAAAGUUGCCAUGGUAUAAGCAGGCUCAAGAGCUGGAGGAAGGAGCAGUGGUGUCUGAAGAACCAUCGUAA